GCGGUCCGCGGUCGACACCCCGAGUCGCGCGCAGCCUGUCGGGUUGUGGGGAACUCGGCGCACCAGGUGCGAUUCUGAAGAAUGCCAGGAAAGACGCGCAAAGGCUAGCGCUUCCCUGGGCCGCUGUUAGGCCAGCCUGGUGGGGGUUUAUGUGUGGAGCCCUGGAUUAUCUUGAGAAACUGGAAGAUCUGGCAGCGUGUUCUUUUACCUGGAAGCAGUUUGCUGGCCCCUUUGCACUGCUCAGAAACAGUCUCCAGGUCGCCACAGCUCCUCUGUUAUAACCAGCGGCACCACUCAGGGUCACCAGUCCGGCCCCCUGUUUGGUAACCUCUACAACUCUUGGCAAGACUUCAUAAAGGCAAGAACCGUGUUUGCCCUGGUAACAGCUCUACCUCAUCGCUAGAAUCUAAGCGUCCUAAAGAUGGAGACUUAUUUUGCUCACAGUGCCUGCUUAAAGUAUUAUUUCUGUUUUUAGAGACCCACAGAUUCCAGUUGAGAUUAUUGUAUCAGCCAGACCCUUCCUUCCUCUGGAGGAGCAGCAGCUCUUAUCAACAGCCACGUUGACAGAACCUGUGUUUUGGAAAAGGACGAUGGCUUCAAGCCUAGGUUGGAGAUCAUUUGCACUAUUUCACAUGAACCACUGUGGUGUCUUUCUGAAAGCUGUGAAAAGCAAUGGUCUUUCCUUGUUUCCCUGGGGCCAUUCCCCUUGGAGAGGAACUGGAAGCUUUUUGGACCCCGAGAUGAAAGCUUUCCUGGAAGAGAACACUGAAGUCACCAGCAGUGGCAGCCUCACCCCUGAAAUCCAGUUGCGGCUUUUGACGCCCAGAUGCAAGUUCUGGUGGCAAAAAGCUGACCUGUGGCCCUACAGCGAGCCUUACUGGGCAAUCUACUGGCCAGGAGGCCAGGCCCUGUCUAGGUAUCUUUUGGAUAAUCCUGAUGUUGUUAAAGGAAAGUCUGUGUUAGAUCUUGGGAGUGGAUGUGGAGCUACAGCUAUUGCUGCCAAGAUGAGUGGGGCAUCAAGGAUCUUGGCCAACGACAUAGACCCUAUUGCAGGAAUGGCUAUCAUACUGAAUUGUGAGUUGAACCAACUGAACCCUUUUCCCAUUUUAACCAAAAAUAUUUUGGAUUUGGAACAAGAAAAGUGGGACCUUGUUGUGCUUGGAGAUAUGUUUUAUGAUGAAGACCUUGCAGACAGUCUUCAUCAAUGGCUGAAGAAUUGCUUUUGGAUCCACAGAACUCGAGUACUGAUUGGUGACCCUGGACGACCCCAGUUUAGUGGACAUAGCAUUCAACAUCAACUGCACAAAGUGGUAGAAUAUUCACUUCCAGAGCCUACCAGGAGGGAAAACAAUGGGUUGACAACAAGCACAGUAUGGGAUUUUCAGCCUUGAGUUGUCCAAGUGCUUCCAAGUGUGAAUAUAACUGUGUUUGGGUUUAAUGCUGAAAGACCCUCCAGUUUAAAGCAUGUAUAUCUUGUUUCCAAAAUACUAAGUCCUAAGUUCUGUCAGCCUUUGUUAUGUAACUCGUUCUGCAUUAUGCCAAAUAUGCAAAUCUCUACCUGACAGUUUUCUACUUUUACGGCUAUAGGAAUAGAAUUCUAGAAGGCAGUACCAAAAUGGUAGCAACAUGUAACUUAUGUAGUAGAGAAGAAUGAGAAAGAAAAUGAAAAAGCGAAGUCUGUUUCUGUAGUUGAGAAUAACUAUAUGAUGGAACUUCAAACUAGACACAAUACAAAAUAGAGAAGAGUACUGUAUUUCAAAAACAAUGACCUGUAAAGAUCAGAGCUGCAUUUAGUGUGCUACAGAGUAUGUGGGCUUUGGAGUCAGGCAACUCUUGUCACUUUCUAGUUGGGACUUUAGGCCAGUUAAGCUCUCUGAACUUUAAUUUCUUCAUCUAUAAAACUGUAACAAACUUAAGAAACCUCACCUCAAGUGUAUUUUAUUAAAUGAAAGAAUAAAGUGCCUCAUACAGUACUUGGUACACAAUAGGACCUCAACUGACAGUCGUGGAUAAAAAUAAAGAUUUUUAAAUAAAUAAAAUAAAGAUUUUAGAAUUUCCUAGUGAUGCCAUGAUACUUUCUGAUGCUUCUUUAUGGUUCACUAAGGUUAGCUAGAAAUUGGUUAUGCUACCACUUCGUGGUCCAGGUUGUCAGGAUCUUAUGUAUCAAUAAAAAAACCUAUGACAUAAAUGAGAAUGUGAAGAAGAAUAUGUAUAGCAUACCACUAUUUAUAGAGGAACAUAUGAAAAGAUGUCUGUAGGUACCCAUAUAUGUGUGUGUGUGUAUAUAUAUAUAUAUAUUUAUAUAUAUAUACACAAAUACAAUACAUAUUUGUUCGCAACGUACAUAGCAUAUCCCUGAAAAGAUAAAUAAGUAAUUGCUAACUGUGGUUGUCUUCUGGGAGGGUACCAGAUACCUGGGAGACUGGGGUGGGAGGUCUCCAAGUUUUACUUUUGGGUCUUACGAUUCUGUACUAUAGAUUUUCUAUUCUGUAAUUUAAAACUAAACACCAGCAUUAUAUGUGUUACAAGUGAAAUAUAAAAUCCACCCUUUCUAAUUCUC